AUGUUCUUCAAAUCUGUUAAUCUCGUGACCGCCUACCACCGCUCUGUGCCGACCGCCGACCUGUUCCGACCGCCGCCCUGUCCCGACCGACGCCGUACCUCGGCCAAAUGCUUUUGUGUGCCGUACACUGUACAGUCUUCAGGUAAUUGGAAAAGAACAAUUAGUUCAGUGUAAAAUCAUCCAGCUGAAGAAAAUGGUUCAAAGGCGUCUCCUUUGCGCCAAUUUCACUCUGAACCACCAAAAAUGGCCCUUGAAUUCAAAUAUUACUAUAGGUGCUGUCUCCACGACACUGCAAAAGAUGGGUUUCUCAAUUUUCUCUUCACCCUAUCAAGUGGCACAUUAUUCUUCUCCUUCUCGUACUUCCUCUUCACAGAAUUCUGAUGAUAAUGAUGUGGUUGAGUUACUUAGGUCUCAAUUUGACCAUUGGAAGAAUGCAUUCAAGAAUUCAUGCGAAAAUAUUGAGGAAGUUUUACUCAAACCAUUCAGGAGGUUUCCCUUAGGAAGAUGUAAUGGCGACUAUGAUAACAUACUAUGCUUGAACAUGAAUAUCUGCUGCGAGAAUAGAGUGCAAGAGGUUUCUCCUUCCGUAGGCACAUUAUGGACUCAUGCAAGUAACCUUUUAAAUCCAGUUGAUCAAAAUGUGGAUCAAUCAGUCCAUGCUGAAGGUGGUGGUGUAGAAGGUGAAGAAGAUGUUCAAACUGUAAAAAAGAAGAGGAAGAAACUCAAGGGAAAAAGAGCAGUUGUAAGGUUUUUGAAAUUUCUAAGGUGGAAGAAAAAGAGAGAUUACGCGAGAAUGACCGAAGAAGAAAAAAUCUUAUUCAAGUUAACUAAGGCUCGAAAGAAAGAAGAGAGAAUCGUUGAAGCUCUAAGUAAGAUUGUUCCGAAAGAAUCAUCAAACACAGCACAUGAUCCAGAGAUAUUGACGCCAGAAGAGCACUUUUAUUUCUUGAAAAUGGGAAUUAAGAGUAAGAAUUAUGUCCCGGUUGGGCGAAGAGGGAUUUAUCAAGGUGUGAUCUUGAAUAUGCAUUUGCACUGGAAGAAACAUCAAACACUAAAGGUAAUUGUAAAGACAUUCACUCCAGAUGAAGUGAAGGAGGUUGCUUCAGAGCUGGCUAGAUUGAGUGGUGGAAUUGUACUCGAUAUUCAGGAUGAGGAUACUGUAAUCAUGUACAGAGGCAAGAAUUAUUCCCAACCGCCAACUGAAAUUAUGUCUCCGCGAAGCACCCUCUCGAGGAAGAAGGCAUUGGAUAAAUCAAAGUACAGGGAUGGUUUACGAGCUGUUAGGAAAUUCAUUCCAAGACUUGAACAAGACCUUGAUCUGAUGAGAUCAAGAAAUCUGAGUAAACCGGGAUUUAAUCCUAAUGAUGGUAAUCAAGAAGAGGUUAUACAAACUAAUCCCGAAGAUGUCAGAAGAAUCAUGUGUGACCUUGAUUCAGAUUCGGAAGAAGGUCUGUCGGAUAUGUUUGAGAUGGAAUCAGAAGCAGUGAAAAAUGAGGGGAAAUAUGAUCGACCACUUUACAUGGAUGAACUUGAUAAGUUCUGGGUAGAUGACAAAGAUUGUGAAGAAGAAACAGAAGAUUUAGAACAUGGUAAAUCUUCGAAAGAAGAGAAGAUUGAAGAUCUCCCGGGGCUUGAUCAGAUGUUUCUUCAGGCAGCUUCUCUAUUGAAAAAGAAAAAAGCACAUGCCAAUAAAAGAUAAUCUUGUUCUUUUCUUGUGUUAUUUGAAAUAAUUGUGACAGUAAGUUAUUUAUAUUAGAACUAUACAAAAAGACGUCUUCAAAUGUAACUCAUUUUAAAAUCGCGUUAUAUUUGCUUUGU